AAGUUAACGGUGUCGGUGAUUCACGACCCAGGCCACUCAAUCCCAAAAUAUGUGUCUUCAAAACUCAAAACUCUUCUGAAUCUCCGUUUUCCCCUUUUUCCUUUUCCCCGCUCUCGUUCAUUUCCAAUUCCCAUUUCUAUCGUGCUUUCCGGAUCGGAUACAUAAAAGACAUGGCGGCAUCGCGGCGGUUGCGGGAACUGCAAUCCCAGGCGGCGAACAAGAUCUGCGUCGACUGCUCUCAGAAGAACCCACAGUGGGCCUCCGUCUCCUACGGCGUAUUCAUGUGCCUCGAGUGCUCCGGCAAGCACCGCGGCCUCGGCGUCCACAUCUCCUUCGUCAGAUCCGUCACCAUGGACUCCUGGUCCGAAAUCCAGAUCAAGAAGAUGGAGGCUGGCGGCAACGACGUCCUCAACGCCUUCCUCUCUCAGUACGGUAUUCCAAAGGAAACUGAUAUUGUCACAAAGUACAACACCAACGCUGCCAAAAUCUACCGCGACCGCAUCCAGGCCCUCGCCGAAGGCCGUCCCUGGCGCGAUCCUCCCGUUGUUAAGGAGGAUCUCCGCUCCUCUGCCGGGAAACCUCCCUUGUCGCACACCGGCGGUGGCGGUGGUGGUGGAGGUUGGGAUAGCUGGGAUAACGAUGACGGUUUUGGAUCUCGCAAUGAUAUCCGGCGGAAUCAGUCGACUGGAGAUGUUAGACGGUUCUCUGGUGGCGGCGCCGGUGUAGGUGGUGUGCCGGCGAGGUCGAAAUCGACGGAGAAUAUGUACACGCAGUCGGAAUUGGAGGCCUCCGCCGCGAACAAGGAGAGCUUCUUUGCUCGGAAGAUGGCGGAGAAUGACACGAGGCCUGAGGGGCUCCCGCCGUCGCAGGGCGGAAAGUACGUCGGGUUCGGAUCGAGCCCUGCCCCUUCCCAGAGGAACAUGAACCCCCAAAACGACUAUCUCUCUGUCGUUUCGCAGGGGAUUGGUAAAUUAUCACUGGUUGCUGCAUCUGCCGCUCAAUCUGCUGCUAGUGUUGUUCAGGCAAGCACCAAGGAAAUCACUGCUAAGGUAAAGGAUGGUGGGUAUGAUCACAAGGUCAAUGAAACUGUCAAUGUUGUUACUCAGAAGACAUCUGAGAUUGGCCAAAGGACAUGGGGCAUUAUGAAAGGUGUCAUGGCAUUGGCUACACAGAAGGUGGAGGAGUUCGCUAGAGAUAACCCAAAUUGGAAGCCUGAAAAUUGGCAAGCAAAUGAUAUUGAUAGAAAUGGUUCCUAUCAAGAGUACAAUCAAGAGAAUAGAGGCUGGAAUUCUUCUUCUACCAGGGGAGGACAACCAUCAUCGGGUAGUCAAUCUAAUAAGUCUAGUUCUUGGGAUGAUUGGGAUGAGCAAGAUUCUAGGAAGCAAGUACCAGCUCGUCCAUCUUCACGUGAACAAUAUGGUGGUACCAAAAACACAAGCUCUUGGGAUGAUUGGGACCAAAAUGAUACUAGGAAGCAGGGACCAGCUAAGGUAUCAGCUUCUCCAUCACCAGUUGCACAGUAUGUUGGUACUCACAACACAAGCUCUUGGGAUGAUUGGGACCAAAAAGAUACUAGGAAGCAAGAACCAGCUAAAGUAUCUGCUUCUCCGGCAUCAGUUGGACAGUAUGGAGGUACUCAAAACACCUACACCAGCUCCUGGGAUGAUUGGGACCAAAAAGAUACUAGGAAGGAAGAACCAGCUAAAGGAUCAACUCCUCAGAAAAGUGAUGGUUGGGCUGGCUGGGAUGAUUCUAAAGAUGAUGGAUUUGAUAAUUUCUAUGGGAGUUCAGCUAAUAAUAAAGCUGCUGGUCAUAAUGGAAAGGCAGAUUCAGCCUGGACGGGAGGAGGCUUUCUCUGAGGUUUGAUCCUAUCUUUAUCAGUUUCUAAAUUUUGUCGCAAGUGACAAAAAUGUUAUAGCUUACUCUUUGCACUGAAGCCAAGCAGCCCAAGCAGGGGUGUUACUGAACAUGAUGAAUGUGACCAGACUCUGUCAUCUAUGAUUUUUUGGGUCACUACAAGGCCUUUGAUGUGCAGCAAGAUUUUUCUUUUUUUAAUUAAAGUUAGUACACUGUCAAGCAAGUCUUCAAUUUUUUUUUUUUUUUUUUGCAAUUUCCAUUUUCUGUGUACCUUUUUGGGAACAUUUGUAUGAUUGGAAUGGAAGUACAUGUAAAAGUUUCCAAAA